AAUGGCUCGAUUAAUUAACCCUUCAAAAUACUAUUCUAAUGAAGAAUGGGCUCAUAGCAAUAAUUUUAACUAUGCUAUUGCCGAAAAAGAGCGUGAAAAUGCUACGGCAUUAGAAAAUGAAAUUGAUAGGCUAAUUGAUGAGACUAAUAAAAGAACUGAUAAUACCCUAGCAGAUGUCAAUAAAAAACUUGAUCAAAGACUAAAUGACAUUAAAUUUUGGAAGGAUGAGAUUAAUAAGAAGCUGAGUGAUUUAACUGAUGAAACUAAACAACUUGAUCAGUGCAUUCCACGCCUUAUAAAGGCACUUGAAGCAACGGAUGAACCUCUUCACUUUGCGGAGCAAUGUGUCUUGAAUAGAGAGGGAAGGAAAGGCAUUGAUCUUGUCAGUGAUGACGCUCAUAAAAAUUUACUAAAAGAAAUAGAUAUUUAUACCACUGUGCAGGAUCUUCUCAAAAAAUGCAUUGAACAGGCUGAUGAACAAAUUAGACUUAACCGUAAAUCCAUAUAUAUCCUCAAGAAAGAUUCCACCGAUAAACUCGAAGCCCAGCAUAUUGAAGAGUAUGGUAGGAACCUUAAAACAAAUCAUGAAGUUCGAGAAGAAGGAAAGUCAUUUACCCCAGAAGAAUGGCAAAAUUCCGCUGCUGAUAGAGUUCUCUCGGCUGAUUCUCAAAUUAAAAACUCAAGAGAUCUUCGAAGUACCUUGGAUGGAACUCUACAACAGGUAGCAACUGACCAGAGGAAUCAGGUUGAGGCAACAAAUCUAGCUCUUGCGAAACGUAUUUCAGAAACAAGAAAUGCAAAGGGCGAACUGGAAGAGCAUUUGGCCCUGUUAAAAUAA